CUUCUCGUGUUGAUUAUAGUCUCAUGACGAAAGUCACCACAUCUCAAGAUUUUGGAGCAGAGACCUCGAAUGUUCGACCGGAUCACGCGCGCAGGAAAUUCCGUUCAUUUCUCAUCAAGUGUAUUUUGAUCAUCCCGUGUCAUUUUCGAAGUCUUCCCAUCGACAGACUUUGAAAUCGGAACGUUAUUCUGAAUUAUAAAAAUGGGGGUGGAUUUCUACUAUAUGCCCUUGAGCCCCCCGUGUCGAAGUGCUCUUUUGGCUGCGAAAGCCUUCGGCAUCAAAUUGGACUGCAAGCUUUUAAACCUAAUGGCUGGGGAACACAUGAAACCGGAUUUCUUGGCAAUUAAUCCUCAACACCAUAUACCGACGAUAAACGACAACGGAUUCAUUUUGUGGGAAAGCCGAGCAAUCAUUCAAUAUUUCGCCAAUUCGAGCCCGAAUGGUGAACACUUGUACCCUAAGGAACCCGGAAAAAGGGCUCUGGUAGAUCAAAGGAUGUACUUCGACCUUGGAACCCUGUACGAGAGAUUCUACCAAUUCGCGAUUCCAUUUAUGUUCGGACGGGAACCAGCUCUGAAUCCAGAAAAGAAGGCCAAAGUUGAAGAGGCUUUGAGUUUGCUAGACGGGUUCAUUGAAAAAUCAGGAGGAUGGGUUGCAGGUGAUAAAAUGACCAUCGCCGAUUUCGCCUGCGUGGCUUCCGUUGCUACAAUCGAGGUUUGUUCGAGAACUUCCUUCCUGUUCCGUGGAAAAAGAAAUAAUCCAAACUUCAACCAGCAUUACAAUACAUUAUGGGGCACAACUCCUGUAGUGCUUACCGUACAUUUGAAAAUUUUGGAAUCUAUUCGUCAAUUUUUGUAG